AAAAUAUAUAAGCCGGUGAAAAUGCAGUGCAAUUCAUCCAGAAACAUUGUGCUAAACAAAGUUGAAGGUAUUCUGGAAAGGUGAAAGUGAACACGAUGACAAUCUUUCAGGUUUGCUUGAGCCUUCUGGCUUUGGGUGCCUCUUUUGCGACACAAUAUCUUGGUACUUUGUCAGCAGCAGGAAUCAGUGAUUGUCAAACACUGUAUGAAAAAGAUAACGCACUGAAGAAUGGUGUUUACUCAAUCCAUUAUGAUCCUAAGGCUGGUGCAAAGAAGGUCACCUGUGACAUGGGAAGCAAAGGCUGGACUGUCAUCUUUCAACGCUAUAUGGACAGGAACGUGAAUUUCAACCUAGACUGGAAAUCUUACAAGAUAGGUUUUGGAGAAGCACAGUUCACUUACUGGCUAGGGAAUGACUUUGUCCACCAGCUAACAAAAAGAGCAAACUACAAGCUAAGGGCGGUAUUUUUAGUUAAAGGUGUACAUAAGUUUGCAGAAUACAGCCACUUCAAACUGGAGCCAGAAUCUCAGCACUAUGCCAUAAGGCUGGGUACCUACCAGCCCAGUACAGCUGAUGAUGGCUUCACCCAUCUUUCGGUUAAAAAUCAGGUGGACAAUGCCAUGUUUAGUACUCCUGACAAUGACACAGAUUACUCUCCUGCCAACUGUGCCGCCACAUAUCAGACUGGCUGGUGGUUCCGAGAUUGCUACUCCUCUAUCCUGACCCUUAAAGACCACCUUGAAUGGUCAAACUUAUGCACGUCUAAGGGAGAAUGUACCUUCGUUAAGAUGAUGAUUAUAAGAGUGUAACUUUUCUGCUGCCAGAACUGGUUUAAGAACAUAUUUGCCAGCUGCUUGGCCGCAUGAAAAAUGAUAUACAAAACAGGAAAUAAAGCUUAAAAUCACAAACAUAUAUUUAUCAAAAGAAACAUGAUUGUAGACUAAAAUUAGUUUGAUGAGUAGUUGAAAAUAAAAGAAUA